GUGGAUAGAAGAUGUUGACAGAGACGAGCAUCCAAACAAAUGCAUGGACAUCGACUUGCUGCUGUACCAGUUCCAGAGACGAUGGUGGCCUCUGUGCUCGCCUUGUUCACCUCAAGUAAACAUGUUCAACCUAAUGAGCAAUUGGUGCAGCUGGGUCUCCAAAAUACAAGAGCCAGUCAGAAAAGUGACCAUUUCUGUGGUUGGUCUUGACAAAGCAGGAAAAACCUCCUCCAUCAGAGGACUGCUGAGAGUCCACCACGGCGUGGAAUCAGGACCCACUCACGGCUGUGUACGAAACGAGCUGAGGGUGGAGAACUACCUGGUCACCCUGUUGGACGUGGGAGGUUCGGCGGAGUCGAGAGGAGGCUGGAGGGAGCUCUACUCUGAGGCCCACGGGAUCAUCUUUGUGGUGGACUCCAGUGACAGGCAGAGGAUGAAGGAGGUCAGGGACGUUCUGGCUGAUCUGCUGAAGCAGCCAAGAGUGGCUGGGAAACCCAUACUUGUGUUGGCAAACAAACAGGACAAAAUGAACGCGUUGCUGGGAAGUGAGCUGAUUGAGACUCUGUCUCUUGAAAAGCUGGUCAAUCAGAGCCGCUCUCUGUGCCAUAUUGAGCCUUGUUCAGCCUUAAUGGACUUGCGGCGCUGGUCGGACAGAAAGACCCUGCGAGGACUUCGCUGGCUGCUGCGUGCUGUGUAUCUGGAUUAUGCUGAGCUGUGUAUCCGCGUAGCCCACGACAGCAAGAGGCCUCUGGAGACGAGAGAGAGGGAGAAGAAUGGAAAAACAAAGAAAACGCGCAGGAAGACCAGGGCAGAGCAAAUGCAGACCAGCAAGUCAGAUCUUCGUCAGGUUCAUCGGCCAAAAGACAAGGAGAAAACGAGCAAGGGCGAAGGAAAGCUGCAACCCAUUCGGAACAUGCUGCAAAAGGAGUCGACAAUUAAAAAGAAGCUGAAGUCAAAGAGGAAGAACAAGCCAGUUAAGGACAAAGGAGGUGAAAAAGAUCAAGAUGAAGCAAAUGAACAGAGGGAGGAAGAGGAGGGUGACAGUAAUGAAGGAGACCAGGACAACUCUGGUCAGCAAGCCAGCAGUGCCCUGAUCCCCCCCAAAAAGGGCAAAAUGAACCGCAAACCAAAAGUGAAAAAAGAGACCGUGGACACGCCAGAGUCUCUGGACAACGACGAGAAGCCACUCAAAGCCAAAGGGGAAAAGAGGAAGAAGAGGAAAGUUGUGAAAGUGAAAAGGAAGAAUAAGAUCAACACAGAGGAGAUGCCGAGAGCUUACUCUCAACCUGUGGACCUCUCUGCAACCUUUGAUCUUUACCGGAAAGCCAUACUUGCCCUGAAGGAACGUCAGGAACAGAGGCAGUGAGACCUGGUUGUGUGUCCUGGCACCUGAGAGUGAGGAUGUGGUCCACAGUCUCCACCAGACACCAUCACAUCAGACCUGAUCCCUGAACCUUUGUGAAUCUUCAGGUUCCAGUGUGUAGUGAAGGACAGGCCUGUAAUGAUAAAAUGUUUUUAUAUAUUAUUACUACAAAAUGUCUGAAAUCAUAAAAAUGUAUGUGAGUGCUUGGCCAAAAUGUUAAAGGAGGUCUUGUUUAUAUAAAUGUAUGACAGUUUAAUUGUAAGGGAAACAUGAUUUUUAAACAGAAUCCUUUUUUUAAUGAGUAAUGACGUAAUGAACAAUAGCAAGAGAGGAUGUUGUCAAAAUGAUGAACAAAUAUUUAAAAAUUGUAUUAAUAAAAAAUGUUUCCACUAUCCUUUCAUGGCACAUCUUUCACAUUUACACUAUACCCAAAGCAAC